AUGGCGCCAUCGUCCACGGAUGAGCAUGCCAUUGACGAGCUUGCCAUCACCAUCACCGAGCUUCCACUCGAGACGCGGUUCCCGCCCUUCCGUCUGAGGCAGUACGGCGGGUUCUGGCUGCUGGAGAAGUUCCUCCAGGGCGUUCCGGCCGUCCACUGCGUCUUCGAGCCGAGGCCGUCCGACGUCCUCCUCGCCAGCUUCCCCAAGCACGGCACCACCUGGCUCAAGGCCCUCGCCUUCGCCACGCGCAACCGGGCUGAGCACCCGCCGCGUGGCCUUGACCACCCGCUCCGCCGCCGCAACCCUCACGACAUCGUCCAGUACCUGGAGCUGCAGUUCGCGCAAUCCAUGGGCCACGUGGUGGCGGCGCUCCCUUCCCCGCGCGUGCUCGCGACACACCCGCCCUACUCCCUCCUGCCACGGCGCAUCACGGCGGAGGACUCGGGCUGCCGGAUCGUCUACAUCUGCCGGGACCCCAAGGAUGCAUUUAUCUCCUCGUGGUUCUUCACCAAGAAAACCGUGGCGGCGGUCGCUGCGCGGGCACAAGCCGGCGAGGAGCCGCCGCCGUACACCGGCCCGCAGUGGCAGCACGUGUUGAGCUACUGGGAGGCGAGCAGGAGGCAGCCGGAGAAGGUGCUCUUCCUCCGGCACGAGAAGAUGCUACGGAACCCCACGAGCAACGUGAAGAAGCUGGCGGAGUUCAUGGGGUGCGCCUUCUCCGGCGAGGAGGAGGCGACGGUGGUGGUGGAGGACAUCGUGGAGCUGUGCAGCCUCGAGAGCCUCAAGAACAUGGACGUGAACAAGAGUGGCAGCCAUGGUCCGCUGGCGCACGAGUCCUUCAGGAAGGGUGUGGCCGGGGACUGGAGCAACCACAUCACGCCCGCCAUGGCGGAGAGGCUCGACAAGAUCGUCGAGGACGCGCUGCAAGGAUCGGGAUUGACCUUUGAUGUCGCAGCAGAGCCGUCUGCAUGA